AUUUAAACGUUGGCCGCCGGCGAGUUUGACCGCCAGCUAUGAAGCUCAACGACGGUUUCGGCGGUGUGUCUCUGCCGCUCCGUGUUGUAAAUGUGCCACAUGUCAGCUGGUAGACUUGGAGCAAACAGGACCAUCGGUGUUUCUUGACUUGUAGCAGUGAGCUGUUUUUAAAACCAGACUCCCAGUGGCUCAAGUGGAGCUAACGUUACUUAGCCCCUGGUGUCAGCCUCGUCCAUAUGUUACGAGCCUCAUCACUUUUAUGUCCUUAUUAUUUGGUGUUCUUUGUUGUGGAGGUUGAACAACAAUUCCCUGACAGAUCAUUUAAAUCACAUUUUUUUUUAAAUGUUGGUGUCCGUGUCAAUUGAUAAUUAAGUUUGAAGGUAAUUAAACUACAGUAAGGUGUUUUGAUUACAAGCCAUCUGUCUGUAAUGAACAUCUAAUUUCAGCUGAAACACUAGUUCUUGUCCCCUAAAGUGUGUCAGCCAUGAACCUGUAUUGAUUCUGUAGUUAAUCUUUGAUCUGUCACACCACACUGACAGAUCAAUAUCUGCCACUAGUAACCUAUCAUAGUAAGGUAUUAAAAUGGUGACAUGGUGCGCUAUAAAGGUAGAGCUGACACAUAUUUUCAUUAUUAAUUCACCUGCCGAGUUUUUUCUUGAUUAAACGUUUGCACAAUGAAAGGUUCCUCAAAUCUGACCUCUGGUUUUGGGGGCUGUGAUGUCGGAGCCCAAAACCCCAACUCCCAUUCCUGCUGGUGACACGUACAAAGGAUGGGUGUUCAAGUGGACAAAUUACAUCAAGGGCUAUCAGCGGAGGUGGUUUGUCCUGAGCAAUGGGCUGUUGUCAUACUACAGAACCCAGGCGGAGAUGGGCCACACGUGUCGAGGCACGAUAAACCUGGCCACAGCAACUAUCACCGUGGACGACGCCUGCAACUUUGUCAUCUCCAAUGGCGGGGCACAGACGUACCACCUGAAGGCGAGCUGUGAGGUGGAACGCCAGCGCUGGAUCACCGCCCUGGAACUGGCCAAAGCCAAGGCGGCCCGCAUGCAGGCAGAGUCAGAUGACUCGGGCGAUGACUUUUCUCCAUCAUCGCCGCCCGUGGCGCCCGGACAAGGUGGCGGGUCACAGAAUUCAGAAGUUCAGUCUGCUCUCAGAACACUAGGCAGCAAAGUGGAGGAUCUCAGCACGUGCAACGACCUGAUCUCAAAGCAUGGCUCUGCCCUCCAGAGGUCUUUAUCAGAGCUGGACAGUUUGCGUCUGACUGGAGAGGCUGGGGAUAAAAUUCGUCAGGUGACAGAGAGGGCCACGCUGUUCCGUAUCACCUCUAAUGCCAUGAUUAACGCGUGCCGAGACUUCCUCGCACUGGCUCAGGCUCACAGCAAGCGAUGGCAGAAGGCCCUACAAGCAGAACGGGACCAGCGGGUGAGGCUGGAGGAGACUUUAGAGCAACUUGCCAAGCAGCACAACCACCUGGAGCGAGCGUUCAGAGGGGCUGCACAGGCUAAUGCUACUGCAGACAAUAAAAGUGCAGCCGGGCCCGGAAAAGGUGAGGCCAGCGAUGAGGACGAUGACAAUGAGUUCUUUGAUGCCAUGGAAGAGGCGCCUGAGUUUAUCACUGUUCCUGCAGACCCGCAGUUCCACAAAAGGUCAAGCAGUAAUAUCAGCGGUUUUAACAGUGAAAUGUGUCUGGAUGAUCAAUCGCAACCUGUGGAGUAUCAUGAAGAACUGUAUUGGCAAAGAGCUGUCCAAAAUCCCGAUGCCUGUGAACUUCAACGAGCCCAUUUCCAUGCUGCAACGGUUGUCGGAGGACCUCGAGUACCACGAGCUGCUGGAUAAGGCCUCCAAGAGCCAGAGUUCGCUGGAGCAAAUGUGCUACGUGGCCGCCUUCUCCGUGUCCUCCUACUCGACCACCGUCCACCGCACAGGCAAGCCCUUCAACCCUCUGCUAGGAGAGACGUAUGAGCUGGACCGCCGGAGAGAGAGCGGCUACCGCUCCCUCUGUGAGCAGGUGAGUCACCACCCCCCUGCAGCAGCGCAUCAUGUGAUCUCUGAUCGUGGCUGGACCUUAAGGCAAGAGAUCACUGUUGCCAGCAAGUUCAGGGGCAAAUACCUCUCCAUCAUGCCUUUGGGCACGAUUCAUGCAAUCUUUGAGAAGAGUAACAAUCACUACACAUGGAAGAAAGUUACCACCACAGUGCACAACAUUAUUGUAGGAAAACUAUGGAUUGAUCAGUCGGGAGAGAUAGACGUAGUGAACCACACCACCGGAGACCGCUGCCACUUGAAGUUUGCUCCUUACAGCUACUUCUCCAGAGAUGUGGCCAGGAAGGUGACCGGUGUGGUGAUGGACAAGGAUGGCAAGGCCCACUACGUGCUGUCGGGCACGUGGGAUGAGAAAAUGGAGUUUUCCCGGGUAAUGCAGAGCAGCCGAGGAGGGGAGAAUGGCACAGAGGGCAAACAGAAAACGGUCUAUCAAACCCUCAAAGCCAGAGAGUUGUGGAGAAAGAACCCUCUACCUGAGGGAGCAGAGACCAUGUACUACUUCACCACCUUGGCGCUGACCCUAAACGAGCCCGAGGAGGGCGUGGCGCCCACCGACAGCCGCCGCCGGCCCGACCAGCGCCUGAUGGAGGAUGGCCGCUGGGACGAGGCCAACGCAGAGAAGCAGCGGCUGGAGGAGAAGCAGCGCAGCGUCCGGCGGGAGAGAGAGAGGGAAGCUGCCAGCCAACGCACCUCCAGCCAGUCAGAAGAAGCUGUCGAUGAGGACUCUGUAACUGAUCCCUCCUUAAAAAGCGCACCUCACGAGAACUACCAGGCUCUUUGGUUCGAGCGCUGUGAGGACCGGAUCACAGGUGAGCAAGUGCAUAUCUAUAAGGGAGGCUAUUGGGAAGCUAAGGAUCGUGGCAGCUGGGAGGGCUGCCCAGACAUAUUUUGACCUCGGCAUUGACUGCAAAAGUGCCCCGAAGAGAUCCAUCGAAGCCUCCUGGUGGACAGCUACCACAAAGGCUGGCUUGUCACCCUCCCCUCCCAUUACACUUGGACGACUGCCUCCCUCCAGUGGCUCUCUGUUCUAAGAGAUCUCCAGGACGGUCACUGCUGUCUGAUCCAGAGAGGGGAGCAGGGUUUUUCCUCUGUCCUCCCUCAACCCAUUUUGGUUCCUGUCUCCUUGAGUCCCCUUGUUGCCGUCACACAUCUGAGAGGACUGGAAAUGCAAAUGUUUUGCUGCUUUGACUCGGGUCAGGCUGAGCAUAAGGGGGCGGAAAUGAAAUGGGCAGUGCUUCCGAAUCUACAGUAGAUCAUUCUUUUUAGUCUCUCUGCUCAAGUCUGUUUAGUCUCUCAGAUCAGGAGCAGAAGAGGUUUUGUGCUGAUAACACCCUGUGAGAUAAAGUAGUGUCACUAUUGUCAUCCACAGCAUUGUGUGCUUUGGUAAUAACUCUAAAAAAAAAAAAAAGGGGGGUAAGACCUGGUUAAUAUAUACAUUUAUAUAUAAAUAUGAUUAAAAUGAUUUCAUUAAAUUGUUGACUGGUGGCCUUCAAGACGUUAGUGAGGAUUUCUUGUUCAUCUCUCUGAUUUAGUGUCUUAAUGUAAUGAAGUGAAGGUUCUAGUGUGCUUGUGUGUAUGACUGCAUAUCUGCUCUUCCAUCACUUUACAACACUGCCACUGUGCAGUAUACUGUGUUUUUUAAAAAAAGAAAAGAAAUGAUUGUCCAAAAUACUGGUUGAACCUCCACACUGUUGUAGUUAAAAGAGAUUUGUUUUCCCUUUACAAGGGCCUGAUGGAAAUUAUGUUGGAAAUUUUUGAUGAGGCUACAAGGCCUAAACACCUUCUCUCUUCGCCUUAGAAAUGCUGUCACUUGUAUUUACAUUGCACCUGAGUGGAUGUGAUGCUGACAUUUGUAGCUGGUUUCUUAGGGAAAGACUACAGAGCUGCAAAAUGGCAAAGGCUUGUUCCAAUGCUGCGAAAAUCUCCACUUUAGUGCAGUUUAAUUCAAUAACAAUUAACAAAAUGACACAUUUCCGUAGCAUUGGAAUAACGUGGGACCAUUGUGCGGAUAAAGUUAAUACUAACUAAGUUACAUGGCAGUAAAAAUAGUUUUGGAAAGUGUGACAUACUUGGUGUGAUUUUUGUGUUGAGAGGAACACAAACAAAUAAGAAAAGAAAAGUAAGUGCAGUGUUGAAAAUAAACGUCACACUCUUGUGUAUCUGCUGAAGAAUUCAUACAUAUGCAAGUACAUUUUGACACCAAAAACAUGGGAUACAGUGUGUGUGCGUGCGUGCGUGUGUGAAUUUCAUAAUUUUGUUUGUAAGUGUACUUAAAAAUGAAGAAUAAAGAAACAAAGAAGCAUUGCAAAUAACUAUGAUUUUAUAAAUGUAUAGAAAUUCAUAUUAUAGUAUUGAUAACUGUAAGGUAGUUUUUUUUUUUUUCUUGUAUUUUGGUUCCUCUCAUAUUACUGGAAGAGGACUGUUUUCAUUUUCAGAAAAAAAGGGAGUUUCCAUACUUAACUGAAAAGUUACAGGACAUUGUUCAGUAUUUUGUAUUAACAAAGAAAAAGAAUCUGUAAUAAACAAAUGCUGUGAUGUCAAACAAA